AUGAUUGUCAAUUUACCAAAAGAUGGAAAUAACAACUCCAUCCUGGUAAUAGUGGACAGUUUUACCAAAUAUGGGAUCUUUGUUGAAUGUUCAAAGAAGCUAAAGGCCCUGGAACUGGCAGAGUUAUUCUUAGAUAAUGUCUGGAAACACCAUGGCAUGCCAGAGAAAACCAUAUUGGAUAAAGGAAGGGUGUUCAACAACAAAUUCCUGAGGGCCUUGUAUAAGCAUCUAGGAAUUGACCCUCACUUCUCCUCAGCCUAUCACCCUCAGAGCAACAGACAAACAGAGCAGGUGAAUCCCUCAAUCAAACACUUCCUUAGGUUGUACUCAGGUGUCAAUCAAUGGGACUGGACAAAAUGGCUCCCCAUGGCAGAGUUUGCCUAUAACAACGCCAUACACAGUAGCACCAGCAAAACCCCUUUUAAAGCGCUAUAUGGUUUGGAACCAACUCUAACCCUGUCCAAUGUACCAACAGAUGUCCUGGAAGCCAACAACCUGGCCAAGACAAUGGAGGCACAAUGGCUGGAAGUAGAAGCAGCACUCCAGCAAUCUAAGACACACAUGACUGCCAGAGAAGAUGGAAGCCCACCAGAAUUUGAGAUUGGAGAGGAAGCCUGGCUUGAUGCAAAAAACAUCAACCUCAAAACAUUAAGCCCCAAGCUAACAGAACAGUGUCUAGGGCUGUUUAAGAUCAUUGAAAGGAUCUCCAACUUCACUGUGGACAGAGAAGAAGAAUACAAGAUUGAAGGCAUAACCAAUAUGGAAGAAAGGAACAGGAAAUGGUUCUUCAGGGUCAAAUGGAAGGGCUAUGGAAACAAGGAAAAUACAUGGGAACCCUGGGAGAACCACAAAAACACAGGGAAAAUUUUAAAAAAGUAUGGGGAAGAUAUGAGAAAGAAGGCCCUUGGCACUGCCAAGGCCCUUAGAGGGGGGGCAGUGUUGUAG